AUCUCAGUAUGUUGGACCUUAGGAAUAAUACAUUGGAAGGCAAAUAUUCCAUCUUGUCUUGAGAGGUUUGAAAACCUUGAAUAUCUUGAUCUAUCGGAUAAUCGCUUGCAGGGCAAUCUACCUUCAUCGAUUUUCUCUAAUCAGAGCAAGAUUACGAGUUUUUUUGUCUUUGGUAAUCGAUUAGAAGGAGUGUUGUCAUUUUCCAUACUUGCCUAUGCUUCUAGUCUUUACUACCUCGAUCUUUCAAACAAUUACGAGUUGGAAAUCGAAACAGAGUCUCCCUCCUGGGUGCCCACUUUUCAACUACGUGAACUGCACUUGGCAAACUGCAGCCUCAACAAGAAGAAUGGUCACGUUGUCCCAACCUUCAUAUCCACCCAAUAUUUAUUGUCUUCGCUAGACUUGUCUGACAGCUCAUUAGAAGGAAGCGUACCUUGUCAUCUAUUUUUCAACACGAAUAUCACAAAGUUGUUGUUGAGUGGCAACAAAAUCGAUGGUUCUUUCCUUGACUACUCUGCUAAUGGAACUUCACCACUUGAGUGGUUGGACAUAUCCGAUAAUCAUGUCAAAGGCCAUCUUCCAGAAAAUAUUGGAUAUCUUCUUCCAAACUUAUCUGGUGUUGACAAGUCCUCAAAUGCAUUAGAAGGCAACAUUCCUUGGUCCUUUGGUAAUCCGCCUCUCGAAUAUAUAGACCUUUCUCAUAACAUGCUCUCAGGAACAAUACCGCAUAGUUUGACUAGCAAUGGCACGCGACUCAGAUUGCUAGAUUUGUCAAACAACAAAUUGCAAGGACAGAUGCUCCCAAAGGACGCGAACAUGACAAUGUUAAAUAUCUUACAUCUAAGUGGCAAUUACUUCGAAGGAGUAAUCUCUCCCACCAUCUCAAACAGUCCAGGUUUAGUAAUCCUAGAUGUUCGAGACAAUGAUUUGUCCGGUAAUAUUCCAGAGUGGUUGUAUGAUCAUUCUAGCUUGGUAGCACUUAUUUUAAGUGGAAAUCGCUUUGAAGGUCACCUACCCCGAAGACUGUGUCGGAUGAAAACACUGCAAGUUUUUGACGUCUCUCACAAUCGUCUUUCAGGAGGUAUUCCCUCCUGCCUUGAUAACAUUACUUUCUGGAACAAAAGUUCUCCAAGCCCUACUUACUGGGAUUACUUUGCCAAAAUACCUUAUUUAUGGUAUUCCGAGUACGUUAGACUUCCUUAUAUUCCGUCUUUCUUAACAUUGGAAGCUCAAAUGUCUUUGUUCAUAAAAAAUAGAUUAUAUACUUUCAAAGGUAUCCCUCUCUUGAUGAUGACCGGAAUUGACCUGUCAUCUAACCAGUUCACAGGUAACAUUCCUUUUGAAAUGGGAGAAUUGUCACAGCUUCGGUUCUUGAACUUGUCGAAUAAUUCUCUUACAGGUUCCAUUCCAAUCUCUUUUCGAAACUUGAGAAGCAUGGAGAGUUUGGAUCUUUCUCACAACAAGUUGAGAGGGAGAAUCCCUUCUGAAUUGGUUGGACUCACUUCUUUAUCUGUAUGUAGUGUUGCCUACAACAAUCUGUCUGGAAGAAUCCCAUUUGAGUAUCAAUUCUCAACUUUCACAAGCCAAUGCUAUGAGGGUAAUCCAGAACUCUGUGGAGAUGCCCUGCCAAGAAACUGCUCAACCGCAAACCAACUGGAACCUGAACAUAAGGACGAAAAAGAAGGAUAUAGAAUGAUUGAUCACCCUUUCUUCUUCUACGCAUUUGUAACUAUGUCAUAUGCACUCGGGUUUUGGACUUUCGUUGGGAUCCUAAUCAUUAAAAAGAACUGGAGGCACAAGUAUUUCAGAGCCGUGGAUGCAUAUAUUGAGUCUUUGUUUGAGCUACUCUCUAAGUACAGGUGAUUAUCAGAUCAAUUAAGUAUGCAAUGUAAGCAAUUUUAUGAAAUAUCUGUAUUUCAAAGUAUUGCUUAUCUUCAAUAAAGAUGGAGCACUUCUA